AUACACACGCAUCACAGCACACAACAACAACCGAAUAAACACAACGCGCACGAGAGAGAAUAUAUGUGUGUACACGGAGUGUAAGAAAGAAGCCGCAACAACAACAACAACAAGACUGGGAAUAGCACAAAAACUAUUUGGCUACAGUUAAGCGGCAUUCAGUGUAUACCUCAUUCGUGUUUAAUCCGUCAUCAAGUUGUGUUUAGUGAGUAUCGUUUCCGUAUCAAAGUUAGCCGAUAGACGUGCCUUGUUGAUUUUCUCUCUCUUGCUUACACACGGUGUAAUUCCAAACGGCUCUCUGGCUGCAGCAGCAGAAAAAAAUUCACCCAAAGACAACACAACAAGAGAAGAGAAAAAAAACCGUAUCCAUUCAGUUUGGCAAAGUGUAAAAAGGAGGAUCGUACACCCAGAGUAAAACCGACAAUCAGUUUUAUCGUACGCCACCAACCAAAAUUUUGUUUUAUUCAAGACGUUUGUGUUCAUUCUGCGGCGCAUAGAAUCUUCUCAAAAACCGAAAAUUCACAGAAUUACAGUGUUUGUGCGUGUGGUGAUCUUCUAGGAACCAAAUACAGCGGAAUCGAUUUCGAAAGUGCGGCAAAUAUUACAAAUGUGUGUUGAAAUUCUCGAAUGAAAAAUAUUUAAUUAAGCUAUAGAGCAGCUGCAAAAAAUUCGCUAAAAGUAUAUCUAUACCGAUAGACGCAAGCUGCUGCGUGUGUUCGUGUGUGUUUGUGCAAAAGAAUAAAAUAAAAUUCGUCGAUAAAAAUUAAAUUUCACACAUUGGAUAUCAGCUAUCGAUUAAUUGGAACCAAAAGGAAUACAACGCAAACUGAGUCAAGAUGAAUAAAAAUUGCGCACGGUGUACGAAGAUUGUUUAUCCGAUCGAAGAGUUGAAAUGUUUGGACAAGACAUGGCACAAAACAUGCUUCAAAUGUCACGAGUGUGGCAUGACGCUGAACAUGAAAACAUACAAAGGGUUCAACAAACUACCAUACUGUGAGGCCCACAUUCCGAAAGCGAAGGCGACCGCAAUCGCUGAUACGCCCGAACUCAAACGAAUAGCAGAAAAUACAAAGAUCCAAUCGAAUGUUAUGUACCAUGCGGACUUUGAAAAGCAAAAGGGAAAACUGACACAGGUGGCAGACGAUCCGGAAACACUUCGUAUGAAACAGAACUCGAAAAUCAUAUCGAAUGUUGCAUACCAUGGUGAUUUGGAAAAGAAAGCCGCUAUGGAAAAGCAGCGAGAGGUGGCAGAGAUCGCCGAUAAUAGAGACAAUGAAUCUGAAUAUUUCUCAGAGACAUUAGCCGCUGAAUCGUUAUCGCAGUAUCAACCACAACCAAAGCAUGCACAGAAUCCCAUCGUACCGAUUCAGCAAUACAUGAGCGCACCGCAAAAUAGUCAGCAACAAAAAUCAUUGCAAACGGUAACCACGACACCGUACUCUCAACAUGUGAACCAUAGUUUGUCACAGCAACAGCAAGCCGGCAUUGCCAAGUCAAUGAUGGCCAACCACAAACCUUCUCAGCAACAGCAGCAGCAGCAGCAGCAACAGCAACAACAACAACAACACCAACACCAACAACACCAACAACAACUUCAACAGCAACUGCAGCAGCAGUACUAUGACCAAUACGAGAAUUACGCACGACCGAUCGCACAAAAUACGCACACCUACAAUAACAACACCAUGAAUAACAUAAACAAUAAUCAUGCGAAUAUACAAAUGGCUUACAAUAAUGCUCAUCAUACAGGUGUCCAAGGAUAUGGUAGUAACAAUAUUGCCGGAAAUAAUAUUGGGCAUGCAAACACCGUUGCAUACGGUGUAAAUAAUCACGUCUACAGUCGGGACUAUAGUGCGAUGAAUUCGAAUGCAAUUCAAGGAGGAGGAGGAGGAGAAAUCGGAAAAAUAUCAGAUUAUGAUCCUAUUACCGAUGGACCACGAAAUAUUCCAAACACCACCCGACCCAGUUCGACUCUCAUUUACAGCUCAGAUCGUGGAAUGGUUAACAAUAGUCAACCGCGAAAGAUUGGUUCCGUUGCGGAUAUCGAUCCAAUAAACGGUGUAUAUGGGUCGAUGGAAUACAACAGUUACGCGCAUCAAUCACAUUCUCAGCCACAACAGCAACCAGCACACCACCACCAAUUACACUAUGCCCAGCAGCAGCAGCAGCCGCAACCUCAGUCAGCUAUUCAACAGAAACCAAUUCAAAAGUCAAUCUCGUCACAAGUGCGCGUGUUUCGAGCUCUGUACGAUUAUGAGGCACAAGAUACCGAUGAAGUCAGCUUUACCGAAGGCGAUCUGAUUUUCGAAGUCGAUUCCAUUGAUGCUGGCUGGAUGACAGGCCGUGUUGAGCGCACAGGCCAAACCGGGAUGUUACCAGCUAAUUAUGUCGAACCAGCACACAUAUAAAUCAAUUAACGAACACAUAAACAUUUCUAUGUUAAUUGGCCACAUUAUUUCUAAUAGCAGAAGGCAAACAGAAACCGAUAGUCGACCCACACACAUACACACAAAUAUAUAUAUAUAUAUGCAUACACGCUGAGACACAAAUAAAAACAACAACACUCACAAAAAUAACCGUUUAUCCAACGAUAAUCAUCAAGUACUUUAUCAAUGAUAGCCGAUUUUCAAUUUUCCCAAAAUUGUAAUCUGAUUACAACUAUAGCCAAUAAGCAUAAUGACAGCCAAUCAAGAUGAAUAUUUGUAACAAUUUCCGAAAAGAACAAUCGACCUUAUCUCAAUCCAAAUUUUCAUUGCAUAUAUAAAUACAUAUAUAUAAAAGCAUUACAACAAGAACAAAAAGGCAAACGUAUAUAUGAAUUACAGCAUGUUAAUCAUGUGAUGACACAACAAUAUUACAUAUGUUAAUUGUUAUUUAUGAAAAUAAUUCAGCUCAAAAUGUAGCCAAUACAUAAAUUUUUAUGACUGCAUUCAAAGUCGGAAAAAAUGGCGUAUGGGCAACAGUAAUUAUGCAGCUCAAUAACCUUUAUGGAAGAACACAAGACAGAAAAAUAGAGGAGAAGAAAGAAGCAACAACAAAAGUGCGCGCAAUAUAAUAUUUAUUUGGGUUAGCAAGCAUAUUCAAACUCUCUGUACAAUUCGGACUAUCGAAUUGAAUGGACAAAUAAUGCAAUAAAAUGAAAAAGAGCGAUCAACUGAUUCAUCCGAAACAUUUUCCUUACCCCGAAUGGAUAUACAAUUCGAAUUUCAAUCCGAACUAAGCAUUUCCCUAUGCACAUUGAAUGCUUUGGCGAUUCAAUCAUUUUUUUUCUUAUUUGAUAUAAUUUAUGGAAGGAAAAUCGAUUCAGGAAAAAAGGAAGAAGCAAAACGCGUCAAAUUAAAAAUAGAAGAAAACAACAACCAAUCAGAAGAAUGAAUAGCAAUUGUGUGCCUUAUUUAAUAAUAUUUGUAUUUGUAUUUAUGACUUCAGCAUUUUUGGGGAUAUGAUAACAGAAACGAGAAACAAAAAAAAAGCAAAUAACUGUUCGUUAUUCACAUUUUAUUUAUACACACUAUUUUCUUUGAUAAGGUUUAAACCAGUUUUGUACUUUGUAUAAAUAAAUAAUCAAUUAGACAAGGUAUUCAUAUUUCUGCGAAAAAAAAAUUUAACAACAAAAGCGAAAA